AUGAGGGCCCGUGUCAUUCCAAAGAAGAAUCAAAAUUACUUCUGCAAACAUCGCAUCCUACGUUCUCGCAUUUAUGAACUUCUCGAGCCUGCUGGCAAAGUGCUUCCGAUGUUGUUAGACCCUCGAAUUGGUUCCUUCAAUCUGCUUCUCUUCUUCGGGGUGGCAACCGGUGCUUCCUCCAUAGCGCUGAUUGGCGUCAAGAGUCUCACAACCGUUAUUGGAGUAUCUAUCAUCUAUGCGUUCUUGUGUGAUCCUGGACUCAUCGGGGCACGAAUAGCAACAUCACCUAUUGCUGGUGUUCUUCAAGAUUCACGACGCCCUAAAGUCGGUAUGCCAGGAUUCUCCACUUAUAUCGGUAAUGCUAGCAUGUACGAGGUGCACAAGUUUAUGGUCCUCGAUCCAUACCAAAUCGGAUAUUUCAUAACCCAGGUCGGGUUGUCAGCAGCUUCAUUUGGUGUCGCCAAUUUCGAUAUCAAUGUUGUUGCCAUGGCUCUUGAGGGUCUGUUUGACUACCGGUGUGCUCCCAAGAAAACUGUGAUAGAGGCUCAAGGUCCGCAGUAUCAGAGUAUCUGCACAGAUGAAAGCUGCCCGCUUGCAUUAGACUCGAUCUGUGCCGAUCAGCCAAACAUUUCACAGCCCGUUGUUGCAAAUUCAACACUAGCUAUGGGUGAGGAACGUACUGCCAGUAGCAGCAGCAUCAGCAGCGCAAUUGCGCCCUUAUCCACUUCACGACCCUCAGGAAGCUCCACUGGUUCUGGUUCUGCUUCUGCUUCCGGCUCUUCGUCGGGAACCACUCCUAUGCAGGCCAAGUCAGCUGGCUCCCAGUUGAAUCCAAGGAUAGGAACCCUAUUUGUCCUUUUCAUGAUCAUUGCCAUCUGCUUCUAG